AUGUCUCUCAACCGCAUCCCCUUCCUCGAGGCCUGGGAGCACAGCCGGUACCCACGCGGCCGGCCGGACGGCGAUUUGGAAUCGGACGAAGGGUCAGACGUCUACCAAGACCUGCCCGACUCGCCGCUCUCCUCGUCAUUUCCCUCAACGUACUCCCGUCUGAACUUCAAUCCCUAUGCGGGCCCCGGCUGGACCGAAUCCGUCGUCGAUGAGGAUGACCAUAAUGAGCGGCAGUCGACCUUUUUGGGGUUGUCGCCCACGACCACGCGCGAGAGCCAUGUCAAUAUCCAUGUCCAGGGACAUGUGGAUCCUCGCCGAAACUACCCGGUAGUGCCAGAAUAUGAUUAUGAGUCGGCCGGUCAGGGCGAGGCCCAAGUGGGGUUCAAAGAGCCGCAAUGGGCUGUGGAUGAGACACUGGGGGCGUUUGAAGUGAGCCCUGCGAAGAGGAUUGCACAGGUGUGUAUCGCAGUAAUCUACUGCUUCCUCGCAGCGGGAAUAGUCUUCGGCUUCGCAGCUCUGAAACCUAUUCUUAUUCGCGAGAAAGUAUACCGCAACCUUUGCUCCCGGGCGGAGCUGGAUGAGGAUGUGAGCGUGUGUAAUGGGCAGCAGAUCAGGUUGAACCUGAUGUUCACCAUCGCCGCUGUAGUAACAAAUAUCUCCGCGCUACCUGUAGGAACAAUCCUAGAUGCAUACGGUCCACGAGUAAGCGGACUCAUCGGCAGUGGAUGCCUAGCAAUCGGCGCGCUUCUCUUCGCCUUCGCGGCGAAAAUGCCAUUCGACGGGUACAUCCCGGGGUAUUUGUUCCUGUCGCUAGGCGGACCAUUUAUCUUCAUUUCGUCCUUCCAUCUCUCAAAUACAUUCCCAAAGCGAUCAGGACUGAUCUUGUCGAUGCUAACGGGUGCAUUCGACGCAUCUAGCGCUGUGUUCCUCAUCCUUCGACUGCUAAAUGAGAAUACGCACGUGGUCUCCAUCCGAUUCUUCUUCCUGCUCUACCUCGCGGUUCCCGUAUUCAUCGCGGUCGCCCAGAUACUGGUUAUGCCGGCGACAUCAUACAAAACGGCCGGCGAGCUCGUGCACGAAGCCGAGGCGCAUCUGGUCGCGGAAAUGCAUGAUCGAGUCGAUGACCGUAUCGAGAACCGAAGCGAGGGCGAGCGUCAGCGGAAUAGUCGCCGCGUGCGUAGGCAGAGCAUCGUGAAUCACAUCCAGGAUCUGUUGGAUGAUGGGACGGUCUCCUUGGCCGAGACUGUUGGCAUUGACGACUCGGUCUUCCGGGGAGAUCUGGAUAACCCGCAACCUCAACCAGUCCACAGCACGAAUACAAAUACUCAACUCCAAAACAAACCAGCACCACAUGCACCACCGAACACAACCACCAGCGGCGUCUGGGGCGUCCUCCACAACCGCGCACCCCUCCAACAAAUCUUCACACCGUGGUUCAUCCUAAUCGCCACAUUCACCGUACUAAUGAUGCUCCGCAUAAACUACUUCGUCGCCACGAUCCGCCAACAAUACACCUAUAUGCUGUCCCCCACACAAGCCGUGACCCUAAACUCCGUCUUCGACAUCCUCCUCCCAGUCGGCGGACUCUUCUCUGUCCCCUUCACAGGGAUAUUCCUCGACAACUUCCAGACACGGACGGUUCUCACGCUGUUGGCGGGAUUAGCAACUCUCAUCGGCGUGCUGGGGUGUAUUAGACACAGCAUGGCUGCGGCGUAUGCAAACAUUGUCCUCUUCGUUUUGUACAGACCAUUCUAUUAUACGUCUGUCUCGGACUAUGCUGCAAAAGUCUUUGGUUUCCGCGCCUUUGGGAAGGUGUAUGGGCUGAUUAUCUGUCUUGCUGGCAUGGGUAAUUUCGCGCAGGCGGGUUUGGAUGCCCUCACGCUGCAUACUUUUGGUGGGGAUCCCGUGCCGGUUAAUGUAGUUCUCACGCUAGUUGUUGCUGCUGCGGGGGCGGCGCUUGCGGGAUUUGUGGCGUGGAAGACGGGUGCUGUGCCGACUGCAGCAGACCAGGACCAGGGACAGGGAGGUGGAGUUGGAGGUGGGGAUGAGGAAGGAGUGCAAAGUCCAGGUCUACGUCCAGCUCGUGCAGGCAUGGCUGAUGAUGGUGCAUUGUCCGGUGUUGCAGCUAGAGGCUGGGAGACAGAGGAGCAGCCUCUGUUGCAGGGACAGCACCAGCCGUCAUAUGGGGUUGUAUAG